GGUACUCUGCUUCUUAAUUAACUAAAGAGAGAUAGAGAGAUACCUUUUAGUUUUAGCUUAAUUUUUCUUCCAUUUUAUAAGUGAGAGUGUGCAAACACUAAACAAAAUCUAGCUAUAAAUAAUGGGAAGAGCACCUUGUUGUGCCAAAGUUGGAUUGCACAAGGGUCCAUGGACUACUAAAGAAGAUGCAUUGCUUACAAAAUAUGUUCAAGCUCAUGGUGAAGGCCAAUGGAAAUCACUUCCAAAAAAAGCUGGACUUCUCAGAUGUGGGAAAAGUUGUAGACUUAGAUGGAUGAAUUAUCUUAGGCCGGAUAUAAAAAGAGGUAACAUAACUCCGGAUGAAGAUGAUCUUAUAAUAAGAUUACAUUCACUUCUUGGAAAUAGAUGGUCACUUAUAGCAGGAAGAUUACCGGGAAGAACGGACAAUGAAAUAAAGAAUUACUGGAACACACAUCUUCUUAAAAAGAUGCAAAGAAAUCAACAAACAUGUGAUGUUUUAUCAGAUCAUGAUGAUGAACAACAACAACAACAAUCCAAGAAAAAGAAGAGGAACAACACAAACAACAAGAGGAAAAAGAAAAAUGAGAAGAAAAAAGGUGGUAAGAAUGAUAAUAAUGAAGAGGAAGAGAAAAUUAAAGUUUAUUUACCAAAACCCAUUAGGAUAAAGGCUUUAAAUUUACCAAGAACAGAUAGUGGUAAUUCAUUUACUUUUGAAUCAAAUUCAUCAUUUGGUAGCCAAGAAAAAGAAAGAACAGAACAACAAGUGAGAAAUGACAAUGUUGUUUGUGAGCUGGUUGGUGAGAUGGGUGAAAAUGACGGUUUUGGAUUCUCACGUGAUGACUAUGACUUAGUCAACGAUUACACAUUAGAAAAUGGACACGAAUCAUAUUUUGACACGUGUGAUGGUGGUGAUCAUGGAACAUUAGAAAGACUCUAUGAUGAAUACUUGCAAAUUUUGAACAUGGAAGAUUGCAAUUACCCGUUUGAUUCUUCUUUUGCUCAAUCUUUCUUUGAUACAAACAAUGAUAUUAUUAAUAUUUAAAUAUAUUUCGACAUUGUCAA